GGGGCGGUGGACAGCCGGUGGGCAGCCGCCAGGGCCGCGGGGGGCAGGGGCCCGGCCCUCGUGGGGGCACCCGCCAUGAGCCAGGCGGAGCGCAAGGGCGGCGCCGCCCUGGAAGUCAAGUUCGUGCCCGACGAGGCGGUCCUGAAGCAUAUCGCCGACGACGCAGGUAUUAAAGUACGAAAAGACAAAACUCCACUGACACUCAAUGUGAAGAGAUUUGUGAAGAAGCUCGAUACUUGCUCAGAUGAUGAAGCUCAAGAGUUCCUGGAAGAGAAGGACUAUGUUGCUGCUCUAGGCAUAUGUGCUCAAGAUUCGAUGGAAAAUGGCUCAGGUGUAGGUGGUGGUGAAGUUUACACAUUCCAAACUCCCAAACACUCCAACAAAAUGGCAGAGCUGGCCUCUGAAUUAGCCCAGACACCAGGACGGAGUGUUGCAUCUGAUCACUCUGAGUGCCCUGAGAAGACAACCGAAACACCUCAAAGCAGCAAACAUUCAGGUUCAAACAAAGUUCAGCAGAAGAGUAAAAAGAAUGAUUUUGUGUCUACCACACCUUACAGACUUCGCAAAAGGCUAGCAGCUCCAGAUGCUUACUUAGAAAGUGAAAGCGAAUAUUCUGCUUCCUGCUCAGAGGAGGAAGAAGAUGAAGAAACCCAGAAAGAAGUCAGCACUCUUUUAUCAAGUCAAAACACACCAGCAAAAGCUAAAGUUGCAUCUACACCUCCUUCCAGAAGAAAAGUAACCAAAAAAAAGGACAAGAUAAGCAACCUGGUGGAGGAAUACUUUGAAGCUCACAGUAGUUCCAAAGUGCUCACUUCGGAUCGAACGCUGCAGAAGUUACGGAAGAGAAGAUUGAGUCAGCAAACACUGCAUGACCUUCUGGAAAAGUCUCCCCUUGCCUAUGCGGCUGAAAUUGAAGAGCUAAACCAGCAAUAUGAGUCCCUGUUUUCCAAGUGGAUACUGCAAUUACACUUGGGUUUCAGCAUCGUGCUUUAUGGACUGGGCUCAAAGCAUGAUUUGUUAGAGAAGUUUCGCAUCUCUAUGCUCCAGGAUUCUGUUCACCUUGUAGUUAAUGGAUACUUCCCUAGCAUCACUGUGAGAUCUAUUCUCAACUCCAUCACAGAGGAGGUACUGGACCAUAUAGGGACUUUUCGCAGCCCCCUUGACCAACUUGAAUUCAUCAUUAAAAGGUUUAAAGAAGAUUCAUCUUUGGAGCUCUACAUCCUUAUUCAUAACCUGGACAGCCAGAUGUUGAGAGGAGAAAGAAGUCAGCAGAUCCUUGCACAGUUGUCCUCCCUGCCUAGUGUUUACCUCAUUGCUUCUAUUGAUCACAUCAAUGCUCCUCUCAUGUGGGAUCAAGCAAAGCAAAGCCUCUACAAUUGGCUUUGGUAUGAGACAACCACGUUUAGUCCUUAUGUGGAAGAAACAUCUUAUGAAAACUCAAUGUUAGUACAGCAAUCUGGUUCUUUGGCUUUGAGUUCCCUAACUCAUGUCCUGCACAGUCUCACGCUGAAUGCCAGGGGGAUAUUCAGACUGCUUGCCCAGUACCAGCUGGAGAACAAGGACAACCCAUCUUACCCAGGCCUCUCUUUCCAAGACUUCUACCAGCAGUGUCGGGAGGCUUUCCUUGUAAACAGUGACCUGACACUCAGGGCACAGUUGACAGAAUUCAGGGACCACAAGCUCAUCCGGACCAAACGGGGAGCUGAUGGUGUGGAGUACUUAUUAAUUCCUGUAGAUGACAGUACCUUGACCGACUUCUUAGAGAAAGAGGAUGAAGAUGUAUAACGUCUGUCUGUUCCCAAAACAUCUACGGCAAUUGCUCUCAAGGGCUGCUGGAGAGGGGCCUAUACUCAGAUCUCUCUUUCCAACCCAAAACUGCUGGACUACUUACUGAAAUGUAAUAAUUGUAAUGAAAAGUGCUUCUUGUUCAGCUACUUCAGGCAGUUUGGAAUGAUGACCUAUGUAAGCAAGGUAUUUCUUGCCCUGAAGUUAGAUUUGUCUGCUUUGUCUCUUAGCUCAGAUGAUACUUUUGUAUCUAUGUAGGCAACCAUACAGUCAGGAAAACUAACUCUGUGCCUUCUGCUCAUUGCCUCACUAGACAUGAGGGUUUGGUUGGAGCAGUUCACAUGGGAAGUGCAAACCAUCAGAUGGUCAGAGCUUUAGUUUGUAUUCGUGAUGCAAUUUUUCUCAACUGAGUGCUUUCUGGUACUCCUUCACCAGUUAGACAAGACUGGCUUCCAGUGUAUAAACAAGUAAAGAUUUAUAAUGCUAAGAGACCUGCCUUGACUGCACAUGGAGGAGAAUAUGAGCGGGACAGGGAUACUGUGGGUAACUUAUUAAAUUCUGGCAAUAGAACUGAAGGACUUUUCCCAAGCUAGAAUUCGUUCAUAAGUGGAUUUAGGUGAUCAGAAUUGUGAUGGACUCAAGUUGUUGCCUCUUGAUGAGGUUGAGAAAAUCCAGCUUUUUUCAUCUGCUUUCCAACUUGCAAUCCAGGAAUGUGAAGAGGCUGUGAAGCUUGUUUAUUUUUAAAAAGCUUGAUUGUAUAUAUGUCUUUUUUACAUCAGGAGUGUCCAUUGGUACUAGUGGAGGCCUUAAAUGCCACUUACAAGCUCUCCCUUUUUGUAGCCCUUAGAGGUUGGGAGACUGCUGAAGUUUCGCAGCUCUUCUUCAUUGUGUUUCUCAGGUAUGUGGGAGUAAGCCCUAU